AUGGACGAAGGUAGAUUGAAGAAGAUCAGCGGCUGCACCACCAGCUGCGGCGGCGACGGCGGCGGAUACGACGGCGCCGAUGACACCGUGUGGGAGUGCGUGAUCCCGUACGUGGAGGACCCGCGUGACCGGGACGCGGUGUCCCUCGUGUGCAAGCACUGGUACGAGAUCGACGCCAUCACGCGCAAGCACGUGACCAUGGCGCUCUGCUACACGGCUCCCCCGCGUAGGCUCCCCCGGAGGUUCCCACACCUCGAGUCUCUGAAGCUCAAGGGCAAGCCGCGCGCCGCCAUGUUCAAUUUGAUCCCGGAGGACUGGGGCGGGUACGUGACGCCCUGGGUGGAGGAAAUCGUCAAGUCGUUUGGGAGGAUGAAGGUGCUGCACUUCCGGAGGAUGAUUGUCAAGGAUUCGGAUCUCCAGCUGCUGGCUGCUUCAUUUGGGGAGGUUUUGGAAGUCCUGAGGUUGGAUAAGUGUUCUGGUUUCUCUACCGAUGGGCUUCUGCAUAUCACGCGCUCGUGCAGGAAUCUGAGGAGCUUAUUUUUGGAAGAGAGCUCAAUAACAGAGAAUGAUGGACAAUGGUUGCGUGAGCUUGCUCAGAACAACAAGGUUCUUGAAAGUUUGAACUUCUACAUGACUGAGCUUAUGCAAGUCAGUUCUAGCGACCUUGAAAUGAUUGCAAGAAAUUGUCCAUCUUUGGCGUCGAUGAAAAUCAGCGAUUGUGAUAUUUCAGACCUUGUUGUUUUUUUCAAAGCUGCUACUUCAUUAGAGGAGUUUUGUGGGGGCUCAUUUAGUGACCCCCCUGGACAGGUUGGUGAAGGUGUUUAUAAUGAGCAAUUGGAAAGAUAUGGCGGUCUUGCCUUCCCACCAAGAUUGUGCCGCUUGGCUCUUACUUACCUGGGAAACUCGGAUAUGCCCAUUCUCUAUCCUAUUGCUUCAAGGCUUAAGAAAUUGGAUCUCCUCUAUGCUCUGCUGGACACUGAAGGCCAUUGUCUUUUGCUGCAAAGAUGUCCCAACUUAGAAAUACUUGAGAGGGUAUCUUGUGAAUUCACCACUGCAAUUCGACAAACCCUCACUAAAACAAAUUACUUCAUUUUACCUACGAGAAACGUGAUCGGCGACCGAGGAGUGGAGGUCCUGGCCGAAUCCUGCAAGCGAAUGAAACGCCUCCGAAUCGAGCGCGGGGCCGACGAGCAAGACAUCGAGGACGUCGAGGGCGUCGUCACCCAACGAGGCCUCACCGCCUUAUCCCAAGGCUGCCUCGAGCUUGAGUACAUCGCCAUCUACGUCUCCGACAUCACCAAUGCCUCCCUCGACUCCAUCGGCACCCACUCCAAGAACCUCCGAGACUUCCGCCUUGUCCUCCUCGACCGCGAGGAGCGAAUUACCGAUUUACCCCUCGACAACGGCGUCCGCUCCCUCCUCAUGGGCUGCUCCAAGCUCAGACGUUUCGCCCUCUACAUCCGCCCGGGAGGGCUGACCGACGUCGGGCUCGGGUACAUCGGGCGCUACAGUCCCAACGUUCGGUGGAUGCUGCUCGGUUAUGUAGGCGAGUCGGAUGAGGGUUUGCUCGAGUUUUCGAAAGGCUGCCCGAGCUUGCAGAAGCUGGAGGUGAGGGGGUGUUGUUUUAGCGAACGAGCGCUGAGUGUGGCGGCUCUGCAGUUGAAGUCGUUGAGGUAUAUGUGGGUGCAGGGGUACAGGGCUUCGGUGGACGGGAGGUAUUUGUUGACGAUGGUGAGGCCGUAUUGGAAUAUAGAGCUGAUUCCGGCGAGGCAGGUUUACGUGCAGGACGGGCAAGGGGAGGAGGUUAUGGUGGAGCACCCGGCUCAUAUUUUGGCGUAUUACUCGCUUGCGGGGCCGAGAACGGAUUUUCCGGAUAGCGUGAGGCCGUUCGAACCGGAACGGCUCAUGAAUGCAUAGAUUAGUAAUCUG